AUGACUGUAACCAAGUCUGUAUACGCUACCGCCGCCUUGGCACUCGUUGCACCCGCCAUUGCUGCGCUAGACAAGCCGCUCAUCUCGCCUGCCAUCCCGCCCCUGGAUAGUGGCCUAUUCAAGAACUUGAAGCCAACUCAAUCGACUCACGACCAAUGGGAAUGGGGCUGGAUCCCCGAUCGUUGCCGCGAUGUCGCCAACGCUCACAACCUGAGCCCGUAUGACAUUGAAGUCUUCAACGUGCACUAUACUGACUGCAGCGACUCCUGGAUCAUGUGCCGCCACCACAAGGCAGAGGUUAGCCAGGACCAGAUGAUUGACGUCUUUGGUCGUCUUCCCGUUCGCAUGCGCAGCUGGGUGCGAACCACCAUUGCUUUGCCCGGUGCUCGCAGCGCCUAUACAUUCUCUGAUCUCGGCGACAACAUUUACUUUGGCGACAUCCAAAACUAUCCCACGCUCUGGGCCCACGAAAUUGGCCACACCAUGGACAACAACGCCGUGGCCAAGGGUUCCGACUUUUCCAAAUCCCAAAAGUGGCUCGACAACUACAACAUGGACACUGCCAUCUCUGACAGCUACGCCCAGACUAACCAGGCCGAGAACUUUGCCCAGGAAACCGUCAUUGCUCUCUUUGACAAGGUCGUCCCUGGUGGUAUUGGUACUGUCGAGCCCAACUGGAAGGCCAUCUUCCAUCAAUAUGCUACCGUCCAGGCCGCUCUCGGCGACAGCAUCAUUCCUGGUGGUACUUGCCGCAACCGUUUUGCCAAUGCUGGCAUCGUUUGCAUGGGCCCUGCUGCUCCUUGUGGAAAGAAGCGCGGUGUCACGGUGCCUCCCUUUAACGUUACCCUUAGCGCUAAUGUCAAGGAGAUUCCUGUCAGGGUUGGAUCAGACAGAAAGGUUUGCUCUUUAGGUCAGAUGCACUAA